AAUAUUUCUCUUAGUGUAAUUGGAUUGAAAUAAAAAUUAAAUUACACUGGUAGAAACGGGCAUUAAACACACAUUUUUACAUCAAUCUGAAGGACGUCUUUAAUGCAUUAUGUCAGAAUGUUAAGAAUGACAAUGCCGACUGAGAGACGCGCAUUAAUUACACGAUUGUUUCGCGAUUCAAGUUUUGCAAUUGAAAUUCAUAUUCAAAAUCGAGGUGUAUGUUAAUAAAAAAAAUAAAAAAUACAAGUCUUUUUUUCUAGAAAUUAAGAUCGAUUCGUACGUUUGAAGUCUGAAGACGUGCGCCCUCAUUAUCGAUCAUGCGCGUGCUCAGAUGACUCAUCCGCGGAUUUACCGUCAUUUCUGGCCGUGACAUCGUACGAUCACGCUCGAUAUUCGCUCUCAUCGUUGUAUACAAAAGUGAUCUUGAUCGCGGUCGCGAGCAGAUAAGAACGAAUCUUAUCAUUCGCGACGGUGACAGCAACGGCACGGUUUACCGUUUACCACCUGUUUCUAUUCGCGGUACCACGUCACGCCGCGAACGACGACCUUGGACGUCGCCCCGCCGAGCUUGAUCAACUUUGUCUAAUUUCGUCGACCUGACGUCGUCAACAUCCGGAAUCCGGACAUUCCGGACGUCCACGUGCAUUGUUUACCGAUAUGGAAGAACGCGGUGGUGGCGCCGGCAGUGGAGCGCAUCUCGCGGUUAUUGCUGGCAUUUUUGCGACCAGUGGUAGUCUUCUCGGCAAGCUCGCCGGUGGCGCUGAUGCAUCGUCAUUGUCAUCGUUGUUUCUAAAAGGAGUACUUCUCAUCUUUAUGAUCGUGUGCAACACCAUAGGAUGUACGUUUUUUGUCAAAGCGCUUCAUGCUAGCGGAUCUUCUUUGCCGAUAACGGUCGCCAGUGCAGCUACGAACUAUAUUUGUUCGGCGUUCGUAGGCUACAUCGUAUUUGAUGAAUCCACUUCAUUGACCUGGUGGUGCGGAACUUCCUUGGUACUUCUUGGCUUAAUGUUGAUCUGCAAUGUUCCCGCUGAAAAAAGCGCAUCCGCCAUCGAAGAAAAAUUGAAACAUCAAUAGCUGGCGAUGGACGCUUUUAUAUUCUGAGCAAAGCGAUUGCAGUGAUGUCACAACGGUACGAUUAUUUCCAUUUUUGUAUUAUUGACAUCGACAGAUAUAUUUAUUAUGUCUUUACGCCGGAAAUACAUUGUAUUAUUUAUGAAAGAUAAAAAUGAAUUUCAAUGUAUAAAAUGAAGGUAUUAAAGAGUAGGUAGAUAGAUUGUUAUUUGUUACGGAUGUUAUUAAGUAUUAUAUUUAUAUGUAUGAAGCAGAGUUAUAUAUUCUUAUUGUA